AUGGAUGCAACGGAUGCGAAGUACUUCGACUCAGUCCAUAUCGACGAUGUUGAGACAUUCAAGAAUGGCCACGAACCGGUCGUGGGCAGUCACCAGCUCAUCACCAAUUCAGAAAUUGUUUUGAUUCCUACUCCAACAAACGAUCCAAAUGAUCCUUUGAAUUUACCGACAUGGCAGAAGGUCCUUAUUCUACUCAUCGUCGGCACAUACGCCGCCACAGGAAACCUCAUGACCAGUGGUAUGAGCGCUUUCCUGCCGUUGGUGACAGCGUCGUAUAACGGCAACCCCAAGACAAACGAUCUGGUGACUUGGCCUGCAUUUUUCAUGGGCGUCGGCAAUCUCAUUUCAAUUCCACUGGCUUACGCAGUUGGACGACGACCCAUGUAUCUGGCCUCUACAAUCAUCCUAGCCUUUGGGUGUCUUUGGUGUGCAGAGAGUAAAAGCCUCGAGUCACACAUCGCCGGACGAGAUGUCAUGUCUAUUGCUGCGGGAACAGCUGAAGCUCUUUGUCCCAUCAUCGUCCAAGAAAUCUUUUUCUUACACCAACGUGGCUUAGUUAUUGCGGUAUUCAGCGCGCUGCAAACCGUUGGAACUGCCGCGUUGAUUGUCUCAAGCCCAUAUAUUGCUUCUAAUCCCCAUCUAGGCUGGCGGUGGUGGUACGGUAUCUUUGGGUGUGUAAGCGGAGCAAUUGCUGUUCUCAGUAUCAUCUUUGUCAAGGAGACCAAGUACGAACGUUCCAUACAGGCUUUGAAUGGCGAAGGAAACGAAGUCAAUGGCGUUCUCGUUCCCGUGACGACUCGAACAAAGCGUGAGUUCGAUGAAGUCAGUUAUCGCCCGCGAAGCUUUGUGGGAGAUAUGGCACCUUGGUCUGGCGAAGCGCAGUGGUCACUCACUAUAGAGUGUCUCAAACAGAUGUCUCAGGUUAUCUUCUUUCCAAAUGUUCUAUGGCUCAUCCUACUGAACUCUGCUGGACUGGGUAUAUAUGUACUUAUGUCCGCACUAUUUGCUGGAAUCCUUUUGUCGCCUCCUUUUUUGUGGGGAUUCAACACCCUUGGCUAUGUGUUCGUUGGCCAAAUUGCGACUGCGAUAGCUGCACCUUUUGUUUGUGGGUAUCUAAGCGAUCAGACAAUCAAAUGGCUCAGCAAGAGGAACAAGGGUGUCAGUGAGCCGGAAUAUCGUCUAAUCGCUGCAAUUGUUCCUACAAUCGCGGUUCUGAUAUCUGCCAUAGUUUAUGGUAAGACUGCCGCACAUCCCGAGGAUUGGACAUGGGCCGGCAUUGCCGUCACUCUUAACUUCGAAUACUUCGGUUUUGUCGGCAUAGUUAUUUCUUCUUGUGUCUACUGCAUGGAUGCUUACCCUCAACGCAUCGAUGCUUGUCUUGUGUUGAUCUGCUCUUGUCGUGGUUUCAUCGGUUUCGGCAUUUCUUACGGGGCGAUUUCAUUCAUUAGCCGGGCUGGCUAUGAAGGAGCGUUCAAUAUCGUCGCGGGUAUCACGGCCGGGCUCAUGUUCAUGGGCAUGUUCAUAUAUAUUUUUGGCAAACAGAUUCGGAACAAGACCCAAAGGUUUGCGAUGUCGAAUUAG